GGCAGAUUGGGUCUCACAGGUUGUACACCUUCAUUAUGCUCCAGUACGCCACUUAUUUUCUGUACGUCCUCGUUUCCUGGGAUGUGUGGAUAACCUUUGCUCAACAUCAGAACAUUGCGCCCCAUCACAGUGCAGUGUACAAUCCGCAGUCCGCACUUGAUCAGAUUGGUGUACACCAGCAACAAUGGUUCUCCUACAACUCCUUACGGCAAGCUCUAACUGAUGAAAAAAUAAACAAGCUAGAAAUGGGAUUGCUGGCUCUACAAAAAGAGUUGGAAUCCCAACUUCAGACAUUACGAAAGCUACAGGAAUUCGAGAAGGAAAGAAUAAUAGUCAAGAGGAUCAUCAAGCCGAUCUUCGAAAAGAUUGGUUCCAGGUACUUUUACAUCGAGAAGCAAAUCAAAGUGAAUUGGUACGCUGCAUUUAAUAAGUGUCGUCAAAUGGGCGGUCACCUGGCAAAUAUCCAAGAUUGGACAGAACUUCACGCUAUAUUCUCAAGAGUGCCACGCGCUUCCUACUGGAUAGAUAUGGUAAUGAACACCGGGAGAGAAGGCAAUUACUUAAGUACACUAACCGGAAAAAUGCGCCAAUACGCAAGAUGGUGGGGUACCCAAUACGACAAUGACAAAAACAACUGCGUUGAUGUGUAUGGGCUAUACAUGUAUAAAAGUGAUUGUCAUAAAGAAUAUUUUUUCGUAUGUCAAGCCGAGCCAUGGUAUUAAAAUCUGACAUUAUGAACUACAUUUUCAAAAGUUUACGUUCCUCAUCAAGAAUAAAAUAAUGUUAUGUACAAGUAAA